AUGCCCCACAACAAGGGCAAAACAGUUGGAAAGGCAGACAGGGCUGCAAGGAAUCUCAGGCAACUGGAAACCGAGCUUCGGCAUUUGCAAUAUGAUGGCACGGAAAUAUACGAAUCGAUACCUCGAUACUUCACGGACUCUGAAACAACAAGACAAACUUACGGUGAUAUUCCUCUUAGCCUAUUGAAUAUAUGCUACUGCAACUAUGCGCGGGCACAACACAAACACCAAUAUCUCGCAAAGUUCCGUGACAAUUGGCCGUUUCACGACUUUAUGGGUUGUUAUCUUCGAAAUCGUGUACAGUACACUAAGAAGCAGCACCCAAACUUGGACGACUCUGAGACAUCGAUGAGGAGAGGCGCCCACGGCCUCCAAAAAAAAAUCUGCUCAGAUCAUUGGCCCAGCAGUGCGCGCAAAAAGCGCAACCAACAGCGGGUCCCUCUAAGUUUUCUGGAUCAUAUGAUGAUGCAGCAUAUCACGACGAUGGUGAAUCGGAGCUGUCUGAACCACCCGAGAGCAUUCAUGCUAGUACUCCAGUACCGCGGCCUAAAUCUUCACGGUCACGACCAACCAGACGCGGAAGGUCGCGCAAAUGAGCUUUUGGUUCUGUCUCAGCUCACUGGAUUCGCUACCACUACACACCAGGUCCUCAUCUCUGCUCACCAUUUCUUCGACACCAAUAGCUUGUUGUUCAACCAUGUUGCUCAAAUUGCCGCCGCCAACUCAUUCAAGAUUGUCUCUAUCAUUAUUCUUCAUGCAUGCCGCUUCUCGAUUGAUCACAAAUGUUGUCCUGCUUCGUGUCUCCCUGAUUAUGCACUAGAUGUCUCGUUACAUUCGCCUGUUACCUGUACUCCUGUUACCUGUACUGUAUUACCUCACUCAUCAUCAGCAUCAAUAAUCGUACAAUUCCAGUGA